UGUUGCGAAAAUAAUGAGGAAGUAUGUGAUAGCCAAUGAUACCAGGAUACGUUGCAAAUAAUACACACGUAGCUGUUAGUGCAGUCGUGAAACUCAAAGCCGGUAGUGUAGUGUUACCCGGCUCGUCAAUGUGCAUCUAACUCUCAGAUUAUAAUGCAAGGAAUAAAAAUGGAUCUGAAGAAUGGUGGUCACUUAGAGGAAAAAAAUAAAAAGUUAAAGAAAAAAGAGAAGUCGGUAUUUUGGACGUACGUGCUGUGGAUGUUCGGAGGUUUAGUUGGUGCGCAUCACAUAUACCUAGAACGAGACGCACAGGCUUUCAUAUAUUUUAGCACUUUGGGAGGAUAUGUUGGUCUCGGAUGGCUUCGAGACAUCUACAGGAUUCCCUCGUAUGUCCAAGAUGCGAAUGAUCAUCCUAACUUUCUGAAUGAUUUUAAGCAGAAAGUUCGAAACAAUCGCAAGCCGCCAUUCUCGACAGUGCGAUUCGCCACCGAAAAUGCAGUUGCAUAUUUUUGGGCGGAAAUAUUUCGCAAUGCGAUUCCAGAGGACGAAGUGUAUGGAAUAAAUUUUAGGCAUUUACUAAUUCUGACACCAUUGGUCAUUGCUUUAGGUGUCUGGAUAGUAGGGAAUAUAGGCAGGGAACAGGGUUCCAUAUGGAUUGCUCUUUGUUCUGCAUAUUUAUUAUAUCCAACGCUAUCUUAUAUCGGAGACGACAGCAUGUGGAUAUUUUUGAUGGUCGUUGCUGCUAGUUUAGGCUUCGAUACGUUCAGCAAGCAAUGGAGAUUAAAGCCAAGAAAGAAAAGACACUUCGUUCAAAGGAUUUUUUACCUCGGUAUAGCUGUCGCAAUUUACGUGUCUUUACUAGGAUCGUUCUUAUACUUUAAUGCCGUUGUCACCGACAGCGAGGGUGAAGAGAUUAAACUAUCGGAAGCUAUCCAACACUUCCUAACGUCUCCUAUAUGGCUCGAUCUUAAGGCCAGUCUUGAAGCAACCUGGAAUCAGGCGGUACAUCAAGGCUUUUGGGCAACAUGGGCACAACUGAUAGAUCUCACAGAUCCUCGGGGAGAAAUAAACGCCUACAAGAUUUUAGGCCUUUCCCAAACGGCUACGCAAACAGAGGUAACGUCUCGUUGGAGAGCUCUCUCGAGGGACAAUCAUCCCGACAAGAUAAAGGGCACUGAGAAGGAAAGGAGACAAGCCCAAGAGAAAUUUAUGGAAAUACAGCAAGCGUAUGAAAUUCUUUCAAAGGCUAAGAAUCGCAGACAACGUCGAAAUAGAAAAUCCGAAUGACCCGUUUAUUAACGUUACCGUACACGUUGACUUCAGGAUCGAGAAGAUUCGUUGCAAAUCAACUGAAAUUAUUGUGACAAUCAUUUUGAUACUUCGUAGAUUAGCGAUAAACGAAGGUUUGUCGUAUUAAGAAAAUGUUGCGCGCCUCGUAAAUGUUUAUUCUAAAAGAUACAUUUUUUACAACAUUCCACCAAAAAUAAGACGAAGUACGACGAGA